AUGGGCUGCUCCAGUAGCGCCCUCAACAAGGCCGGCGAAGGCAGCAGGCUCCGCAGCGGUGAGACAGGGGAAAAGGUUGAAACAGAGAUGGAGAAUGAGAACGUAAGUGAAGGGGCUGAAACAAAAGAAGAAGAAACAGGAGAAGCUGUGGAUCUUUCAGCAGCCACAUAGAUAGGUAUGGUGAUGGAAGGAUGAGCAGACACAGCAUGUUAUAAAUA